GCGAAUCUGUGCUUUGAGGUCACGCUGUUUCCGUCGCCACUUCAUUCGCUCGACGGAAGGGACAAAUGUUGUCUUGACUGUACCAUGCCUGUUCAAAGACGAGUCUGGAGAAGAUAGCUUGCGCCGAAGCAGUGAAGGAAGGAGCAACAUGCUGACUCAGCGCAUGGUUCGCGAGCGGCGCUCUGGCCUGGUGCUGCUGCUGCUGGCAUCGCUGGCAGUGUGGUCUCGCUGGUCGUCAUCGCCGCCGUCGCCGCCGCUGGAGUCCAGCAAUGGAGUGGCAGGCAAUGUGUCGGACGAGCCGGGCCGGCUGGUGGACCGGCGCGACUUUGUCUUUGUGCUGGACAGCAGUCGUUGCCACAGACAGCGCGACCUGUUCCUGGCCGUGUUCGUGCACUCUGCGCCGGCGCACUUCGGCCGGCGGCGCGCCAUUCGCGAGACGUGGGGCAACGCCAGUGCCCUGGCCGCUGCAACUGCGCGCGCCAUGGUGCUCGUCUUCCUCGUGGGCCAGGCAGCCGGCCUGGAGGGUGCAUUGCGCGCCGAGAGCGCCGCGCACGGUGACCUGGUAAUGGGCAACUUUGUCGACAGCUACCACAACCUGACGUACAAGCACGUCAUGGGGCUCAAGUGGGUGGCGACUCACUGCAGCCAGGCACACUAUGUGCUCAAAACAGAUGAUGACGUCUUCAUAGACCUGUUCCAGGUGAGCGCACAACUAGGGUCCCAUGCACCGUCCCGGCUCCUCAUGUGCGGCCUCAUCCGGCGGCCUUACGUCAAGCGCAGCCAGCGCAGCAAGUGGCGUGUCAGCUUCCGCGAGUACCGGCCACACCGCUACCCGCCCUACUGCUCUGGCUGGGCUAUAUUUAUGUCACCUGAUGUGGUGCGGGACUUGUACCGUGCCUCGGCCGAUGUGCCCUAUUUCUGGGUUGAUGAUGUGCUUGUUACCGGCAUCCUGGCGCAGCGCCUGGGCAUUGAGCACGUUGACCUCGGGCCGCGGCUGGCACGCGACGCUCGUGAUGCCCGUGCCUGGCUGCGCGAUGGUGGCCCGCCGCCUCUUGGUCACCCCGACCUAGAUACAGAGCUCGUGUACCGCCUCUGGGAACGUACAAGAAAGAACAUGGAUGGUUCGCUCAGUAAUAAAGGCUGACCUCUGUGCCAAAUGGGACUUGCGCGCGAACACUUCCACUGAGCAUUUUGUGCGUUUGAGCUGGCACAUGGCAUGUCUCAUCCAGUGUCUGAUGCUGUGAUACAAACUCUUUAUUGCAACUGCUAGAAUGGACACGAGUGUAUGGCCAACAUGCGGUCACAUCUGACUUCAUCAUGCAUAUAGCAUUGUACAUACAAUGUCUUUCAACAUAGAGCAUAUUAUAGGGGCCUUGUAACAUCUUUCUUAGUAAUCGAAAUACCCCAGUAUGGGAGCUCAUUUUUUCGCUAAUCUAUUACUCAAAAACGUUUUUGAAUUCCUCGUGUAUGAGAAGAGACACAGGGAUUUGAAAGUAUAACGUCGCAAAAAAAAAAAAAGGCAUCCACAAGGAAGAAUACAGGGACAAAUGCAAAUUCGCUCAUAGUCAUGGGUGGAAGCAGUGAAAUAGGAUAGCACCAAGGGCGCAUGUGUUAAGAAUGAGAUGCGUCACAAUGAGUUACUCCUUGUCUACACUAUAAAUGCUGAUAGAAGGAUCAGUAACACAUGCUCUUGCCAUCUUUGAUGGUGUAAGUUUAGAGUACCAAGUGUGCGUUGCUCCUACUGUUUCUUUCAAUAAUCACUUUAAGUCAAGGAUCACAAGUGCAUAAGCACAGCGAUAGGCUAAUUUUUGUUCUUUUUUUACCCUCCUCAAUCCCAAGGAUGCACCAAUAAAAAAUGCUUUUGCAAAACUGUA